AUGUCUGACGACCCGCUUCUUUGUCAGGUCACAAUUUGCCUUCAGAUGUCUAGCCAGCAAAUACGAAAAUCUAGCGAAUACUUCUUUAGCAAACAUCAACUGCCAAGAAUAGUCGCCUGCGUGGAUGGAACUCAUAUAAAAAUAGUGAAACCUGUAAAUAAUGCCUCUUUUUUUUUUAACAGAAAGGGUUUUUACAGCAUGAACGCCAUGGUUGUUUGCAACUAUAAUAUGGAGAUUAUCGCUAUUGAUGCGACGGACCCCGGAUCCUGUCAUGAUUCUUUCAUUUGGAAUCAUUCAAGCGCCAGGUCGAGAACAAUAAAUGAAUAUUUUGUUUUGGCAGAUUCUGGCUACGCACAGGAGAGUUCUGUGUUAACUCCCUACAGGAGCGCAGAGAUGGGGACGCAUCAGCAUCGAUUUAAUUUAAGAUAUGCUGCAGCCAGAAACAUAAUAGAACGAACAAUUGGUGUUCUUAAAUGCCGUUUCCGUUGUUUACAACGAUGCUUAAACUAUCAGCCUAUUUUUUGUUGCCAAAUUAUUAACGUAUGCUGUGCUUUGCACAACAUAUGUAGAAGACGGAAUUUGUCAAUAAGUGACGACUUUCAAUUGGAGGAUAUUGAACAGGCUAUAAAUAAUAACGACAUUGAAGGAAUGAUGAUGACGGACCAUCUAUGCUUUUACGUUAGAUACGGAGAUGCGCGAUCCACCACGAAAGGAAUCCAAGCCGGGGUACCACAAGACAGCGUUCUAGGCCCUCUCCUGUACACGUUGUACACAGCGGAUAUGCCUACAAUUCUCAAACACCAUCUAGGCCUGGCUACGGAGGUGGAACGUCUCGGUAAACCCCAAGAAAUCCACGCACAUCUACAUUCGCACUCCGCAACGGUAACUGUCAGCCUCAAUGCGGAUAACAUUCCCGAAAAUCCCAUGUCAAAAUACCUGGGGAUGACGCUCGACAGGCGGUUAAUAUGGCGCACACCCAUCCUACGGAAGAGAAAGCAGGCUGAAGCAAUUCCAAUGGCUCAUCGGAAGACGCUCCAAACUUAG